AUGCCAUCGUUUGCUGCACCAAGCGUCAGCAAUCCGGACGCUGCAACCACCAAUGCCUCAGUCGAAGAAGAUGGCGACGUCUUUGAGGAAGAAGAUGAUCUCGGCUACUAUCACGACGGUGUCAAACGCACACUCACUGACGACCAAAUCGCCAUGUUUCGCCAUUCCGAGCUCGAAACCAUCAAGAGAGAGCAAGAGCGACGUUCAACGGCAGUACGCCAGGCAGGUGAGACUGGCGAGGAUGGCACCCUUGUGGCUGCCGAGUCAUCUCGCCCGCCGGGCAAAGCUGCUAAGAACAAGAAGAAGAAACGGGGGAAAGGCAAGGGACAAGAGCCCAAGCCCGACCUCCGUAAACGCACAUGGGAUGUCGUCGAGUCGGGGCUUGACACCCUCGACUACGAUUGA